AUGCUCACUGAGCUCCAGAACCUCAGCAAACACUUCUCCACCCCGAGCUCCCUAAAGUCUGCUCCCACUUCCUCCAGAUGGAAUGUCAAGAGCUGGAAGUCCACUUCCUCGACCUCUUAUGAUCCUCUGUUUACCGAAGAAGCGAGGAAGCCUGAAGAUGUCAAGGGAUGGCCUACAGAAGCUGCGCCGUUAAAAAAGAGUGGCUGUGACCUUGUUCCCAAUUGUCUUCGCCGCAGUCAUAGGCCGCAUGACACGGGUUGUUGCGACAUGGCAAGCUGA